UUGCGCUCGAGCAGCGAACGUGGCCGCAAGCAAAAGCAAAAGCAAAACCAAAAAAAGUAAAAGCAAAAUCAGCAACAAAUCGAAUUGAAUUAAAUCAAAUCGAAUUGAAUUAAAUCGAAGCGAGUCGAGCAAAACAUAAACCUGGCCAAAGAAAAGAAAAACAGUCGGUGUCAGAAAGUCUUAAAGAUAGUUCAGUUCGUCAAGUGCUCACAAAAUUAUAUUUCAUUUAUAAUUUCGAAACGACUCAAAAUUUGUGAAAAUUUUGGAUAAUUGUGCGUUAAAGUUAAGCGCGCUUUCAUUUCCCGUUACAAACUCAAUUAAACGAUCGCGCAUCGAGAAAAAAGAGGGAGAUACGCGCUGGUAAUUAAUUGCCGUUAAGUGAAAUUGUCAAGACUGUAAUUCACAAUUUGUGUUGGGCGUUUUGGUUUUGCGCAAUAGAAGUCGCUUUUCGCUUUUACAAUUUCGAAUUCAAUUUUAAUGGUCAAGAGACUGUUGGCCAUUGUGCAAUCAACCAACCAAGCAAGCAAGCAGCCAACCUACCAGCCAGCCACUUAACCUUAACAAUUAUUGUUAUUUGGCAAUAAGAGAUUUUGGCACAAUCAUUUGAUUCAAGUGCGCCCAAAUACAACCAAAUACAACAAAUACCAAAGCGCACUUUUACAACCCAACCACAAACGAAAGCAAGACAACAACAGCAACAACCAACAAGCAACAACCAACAGCAACAACAACAGCAAAAGCAGCAACAACAAAAUCGAACCCACGCGUCGCUUAACUCGAGUAGCAGAAACAGCAGCCAAAGAAGCAGCAGCAGAAAUAGUGCAAAAUGGUUGAGAAAACAGCCAUGACGAAUUUCGUUGGCGUCGCCGACAUCACGGAGAACAAGAAAAUCUGGCGCAUGCUGCUCGGCGAGUUGGUGGGCACAUUUUUCUUGGUGUUCAUUGGCGUUGGCAGCACUGCCACCGGAAGUGCCACAGUGCCACAGAUAGCGUUCACCUUUGGCUUGACGGUGGCAACGCUGGCCCAGGGACUGGGUCACAUCAGUGGCUGUCACAUCAAUCCGGCUGUGACGAUCGGUUUCCUUAUCGUUGGCGAGAUGAGCAUCCUGAAGGCGGCCUUCUACAUAAUCGUGCAAUGUGUGGGCGCCAUUGCUGGGGCAGCUGUCAUUCGUGCUGCGCUCAGUGGCAUGACUAUCACCUCAUUGGGCGUCUCAUCAUAUGAUGCCUCGCUCCAAGUGGGUCAGGUGGUGCUGAUCGAGGCACUGAUCACCUUUAUUCUGGUGUUUGUCGUGAAGGCCGUGUCGGAUGCAGGUCGUAUGGAUAUCAAGGGAUCGGCUCCGUUGGCCGUGGGCCUCUCAAUUGCAGCUGGACAUUUGUGUGCGAUUCACCUCACUGGUGCCAGCAUGAAUCCGGCUCGCUCCUUUGGCCCCGCCGUUGUCCAGGGCAUAUGGACAGAUCAUUGGGUCUAUUGGGUGGGUCCCAUUGCUGGCGGUAUUGUGGCCGCCCUCAUCUACAGAUUCAUCUUUAAGGUGCGCAAGGGCGAUGAUGAGACCAGCUCGUAUGAUUUCUAAACGAAUCCACCCCGGGAUAAUAUAAAAUCCUUGUUGUUGUAUGUAUGUGUAAUGCUUAUUCACAUUCGUAUUCGUCUCAUUCGCAAAAGGUGUUGGCUAAAACUAAAUGGGUGUGUGAAUUAAAUACGUUUUAGCCAAAACGAAAGCCGCACAAUAAUUUUAUUGUACUAUUUUUAUUUGUUGAAGAAUAAAAAUUUGCUUUGCUUUUAGCAGUAGUACUAACACCUAAAAUACAUUGAAUAUUGUACUUAUACUUUUGUAAGCUUAAGUUAAAUUUAAAUUCGCAUUGUUUAUUGAAAAUGGCAUUAAAUAGUAGUAGAUGCUGCACGAAUUCAUAUCUCGAAACAUGUAAUAACAAUGGGAAAUGCAAUUCUCUACAUCCGAUUCCAUAUUAUUUAAUAUUAAUUGUUAUUGUCUACGGAAUAAUUAUCGAGCACAAAUAAAAACGUAUUUGAUAUUUGAUAAA